AUGGCUAUCCCAUGCAUAAUAUUGAGCCCUACUAUCCCCCUGAGAAGCAUCUCACCGCUUUGCAUUACCACCAGGUCAAUGUCUACCCAUCCAAACAGGAGUCAGAUGGACCAGCACCUCUAUAUUUCUACCAUUGACGCGGAGCCACUUCAUCGCUAUCGACAAGGCGGUUACCACCCAGUCACUUUGGGGAAAUGCUUGAAAGCUGGAAGGUAUAAGGUGUUACAUAGACUAGGGUUGGGAGGCUACUCGACAGUUUGGGCAGCGAGAGAUCAAAGGUUGCACAAGCUGGUGUGGCUCGCGGUAGUUCUAGCUAACGGAAAGGCUGCUUGUUUACAGGGAACAGACGUAUGGUGCUGUCAAGAUUUCUCUUGCAGAAACUGA